AAAUGAUCAUUAAGAAUUCUACAGAAACACAACACACUGGUAAUCAUCUCACCAUGGCAUGCAGUGACAGUGAUGAAGAAUACUGUCAAGUGGAGCCUCCUGUUACACCUUGGAGCGACCUUUCUAUUGUAGAGCGAGUUGGCCUGAACACCACACAAAUGUCAGAGGACGAAAUCGAGUCCGCCUUUUGCCAAAUUACGUUGGCCUUCCGCACGGACCAGUACACCCUGAAACAGAGGCUACAGGCGGAGGAGCGCGCCCGUAACAUGGCUGAGGAGAACAUAGAGCAGGAGCUGAGCCGAGGGAGAGAGACCCUGGAGGACCUUAAGGCUCUUUGCCUGGACAUCAGGCGCAGCGCGAUCCUACAGAAGCUGGAGCUGUCUCUGGACAUCGUGGGUGGGACCGUGGGGCGGAUCUCCACCACCGCGGAGCUGCUGGGCUCAGUGCACCAGGAGGCGCGUAUCUGCAGAGCGGUGGAGAUCAUGGUGUCUCACGUGGAGAAUCUGAAGAGACGCCACGAACGAGAAGGACUGGAGUUGGAGCAGACCAAGAAGCUGGUCCAUCGCAUCUCCCGCAGAUGCCUCACCGAACCGGGAACCCCUAUAGAUGUUGAUGUGAUGGAACUCCAAAAGCAGGACCAAAAUACCUUCCAGAAGUACAAUGGCCGCCGUAGGGUCAGCACAUCCAUCAUCACAAAAGAAUCCCAGGAGAAGAGAAAGCGAGACCUGAAGAAGCAGUUGUCCCUGGGUGAUGGACAUUCCCCCUCCCCCACCUUCAGCUCUGAGUCCAACUGGUCCGUCGACCAGUACUUGAUGGAUGGCAGGCUGCUCGUCGAGGCAGAAGAGGCUCCUCAGGGGUUGGCCCUGGUCCGACCUGUCCGGAGUCCGUCCCCGCUCCCCGACCCUCAGAGUCCUCCACCUCCUCCACCUCCUCCUCCAUCCGCAGAAGAAGCAGCCAGGAAGACCCGCAGCAAAAGUUGUACAGUGGAGACUGUACUGAGGCAGAGACACAGGGGCAGAGCCUCAUUCUCAAGGAAGAAGGGAGUCAACCAUUUCCGGUCUUCUAUAAGCUCGCAUAGCACAAAGUUGAGACCAUUCCCUCUGGCUCACUGGCUCGUUCGCUCCCGCUGGGCCAUCCUCUACGUUGCUCUCCUUCUGAUUCUCUGUGCCGCAAUGGUGACCCUGUUCUCAUAGAAACUUCACAAGAAAAUUAUGAAUAUUUUGAGAAUUCCAUUAAAUUCAAAUUUUCUUCUGUGUGGACUAUGCAUAUUCAUUCAACUGGAAUGAACAUCAC